AUGCCAUCGAUCGCAGUGGUACUAAGCUGUCUCCGAGAGACGAGUCUUAAUAAGCUGAAAGAUCUGAUUACUGAGCUUUUGCCGGUUUUGGCUUGUGAUGGCUCAUCGUUGGAUGUUAUCCUUACGGAGGAAAUAGCCAAUUCUGAUGACCUUGACUACAAGUUAGGGGUUCUGUAUAGUAAUAUCCGCGAAGUACUACUUGCGGAAAACCUUCACGAAACUCCUGUGGAUAUCCUGUUCAAUCAGCGUCCUCAAUGGCUAAGAGAGCGAUGCUGGGACAUUGUCAUCAAUAGCGGUGAGCUCUGGACUGAAACCCGGAAUCUCCAGUACAGUGAACUCAAGAUCGUCAAUCUUAGCCCAUCAGAUUGUAGUAGAGGGUGCAUACUUGGAGACUCGAACCUUUGCUCAACGACAGCCGAUGAGGAACACUACGAGGUGAGCGCGCUUGGUGGCACAUUUGACCAUCUACAUGACGGACACAAAAUACUUUUAAGUGUUGCUGUUUAUCUCACUUCCCAAAAACUCAUCGUAGGAAUAACAGAUCGAGAACUUCUGCAAAACAAGAAAUAUGCGGAAUUUCUGGAGUCUUUUGAAAUGCGGUGUCAAAACGUACGCAAAUUCGUCACCAGAAUGAAACCAACGCUUCAGUUGGACUUGGUUCCACUAAGAGAUGUGUGCGGACCCACUGGGGCUGUUCCUGAAAUCCAGAGCCUCAUAGUGAGUCGAGAAACGGAAUCUGGUGGGAAAUUUGUUAAUUCUGUUCGCAAAGAGAAAGGGUUGUCAACUUUGAAGAUCCAUGCCGUCAACGUCCUCGGUGGACAGGAAGAUGACGGCUGGAAGGAGAAAAUAAGCAGCACCGAGCUUCGCAAGCGCAAGAAAAGGACAGAAGAGUGA